CUGCAGUUGGGACACGCCAUUGUCACCGGAAUUCGUCAGGGUUUACCCUCACUACCCGGUGAGCAUGCGCACAAGCUGUCUUCAAAGGCUAACUCAAGUUCGUCUUCUGUGGGCCACUGCGGCAAAAAGGUUUCCCGAGUUAAAUCUCCCCUGAUGGCGACGGUGACGAGUCCUGGGCGCGCCGAGCGUUCUGCGACGGAGCGUUCCUCGAUGGAGCAUUCUGCGAUGGAGAGCAGGCGGGAUCCGCUGGCAGUUCUCCCGAAGGAGAUCCUCUUCCGCAUAACUUGUUUCUUGUCGCCGCGGGAGGUGCUCGUUCUCGGGCAGUUGAGCCGCGCUUGGAGGGACUUCUGCCGAGACGCCGUGGUGUGGGAGAAGAAGCGAGUCCGCUUAAAUUUCCGCCGGGUUCCGCGCAGGCACCUCCAUCGCUGCGGGGAGCAAUGUGACGCGCUGUUCGGGCCGGGCUUCGGCCCGAGCUCCGAUGAUGGCAGAGACUCAGCCGGCGAGGACUCUUUCGACGACGGCGUGACCACAGAAGACACCAGCGAUGAAGAGGCUAGUGAUCCAGAGGCCGCCGCCACCGGCGCUCCGGACGACCAGGUCGGCAUCAUCGGAGGCGAGGGCAAGGUCGCCGCAGCCCCUGUGGGCGAGAAGCUAGUCGAGGAGGAUGCGGCCGUCAAGGACGAAGGCAUGGAGGAGGACGAUGAAGCCAUCGAUGAGGAAGACGAAGAAAUUGAGGAGGAAGAAGACGAAGAGGACAGCGAAGUCGAGGAGGAGGAAUCUGAUGACUGCAGCGACGGCCGCUGCAAAGGAGAAGGUGGCGGGGGUGAUUCCGCGUCGGAAUACUCCACGGACGACGAGCUAGACGAAGGCUUGCGCCUGCGCCUGAUGGCGUAUGCCGGCCACCUGGACACCCUACUCUUGGACGCCAACUGGAUGGGUCCCGCGCAGCUAGAGGCCGUCAAGAGGUCGCACGCGACGGUGCGGCGCCUCACCAUCAUCACCAGCUGCUACGAGCCGUCCAUGGACCCGCCGUGGGCGACCGAGCUGCUGCGCCGGGUCGCCCCGCGAGUGGAGGAGCUCAGCCUCGUCCCUGCCACGCGCAGCAUGCUCGCCGAGCUCCGCAACAUGCCCAGGUUGCGUCGCCUGAAGAUAGACGACUACGCCAUGCGGAAAGGCGAGGACCCGAACGUCGAGCUGGCCGCCCCCAGCGAGCCCGGGACGGGCGUCAAGUGGCUGCGGGCGUACGACCUGCCCCGGGAGACGACCGAGGCGCUGUUGCGUGCCUACGGCCACUCGCUCCAGGAGGUCUUGCUGUCCGCGGGGGCCAUGGGGGGCGAGGACCAGUGGCCCGUGACGUGCAGCACCGAGACGUUGGUGCCCAUGAUGGAGCGCUGCCGGCUGCGCGCGCUGCGUCGCUGGGUGCGGUGCGGGCGUCGCUGCUAUGACCCGUGCCACUGCGAGAAGCAACGCCAGGCGCUGCGGGCCGUGCUGCCCAGGACUUGCGCGGUGCUCUGCGCCGGAACGAGUUGCGACCGCUAUCGGGACGACUGCGACGGAGACUUUGACUUCAUCUUCUAGCCCCGGACGCGGAACGUUCUCGCUCUGCACCUGAACCUCGUCGUAGUUCGGAUAUUGCCUGUGUUUUAGAACUUUUUUAAUUGUCAGCUUGUCCAUUCCACUGAAAGCUGUUUACGUGAUAAUACUUUGUAGACACUGGUCUUACUUUCUAUUUUUAUGAUAGUGUAUCUUCCCUUUUUCCGAGAACGUUUUUAAUUGUCAGCUUACUUGUCCAUUGCACUGAGUGCUGUCUGUGUGUUGAUACUUUAAAGACUGGUUUCAUUUCCUAUUUUUAAGAUAGUCAAGAAUUUCAGGGUGGGCUAAUUUAAUACUGUGGCAAUCAAACUUGUUUCCGAAUCUCGUCAACGGCUGGAGAUAGGAAAGUCAUGCGAAGGUAUAAUGACCCCAUCUUAGAUUUAAUUUUAGGUGGGGUCGUCCGUUUGGAUAAUUUUUCUCUUUUCUAGCCGUUUAGGAGGGCAGUAAUGGCGUCGAUCGCAGGCUAUCUUUGUGUGCCCUGCUUCGCAACAGAACCUCCAUUUCCACAUUCGUCGUAUUUUGAUUUACUGUUCGAGAUUUUAAUUAUGAUAGUUGACUUUGUUUGACAUUACACUGUAUGAUUACUCGCUCAUGCAAAUUUGUGUUUUUAAUGUGUAGAUGAGUUCCUUGAAUUGUAAUUUUCUUUUAAUUGCGUUUGUAGAAAUUACCUUGAAAAUGAUACCAUGAGAAUUACUUUUUUUUCAAUUACUUAAGUUUCGCUGUUCAAUUAUCUAGUGCCUUGAAUUGUACUUUUCCAAUACAUGCGGUUUCAUUUAACUUCUCUUAUUCGAAGUUGCAUUGUUCGAGAACCUCAUUGUCACAAUACAUGUGCCCUUGAACUGAA